GUGAUUUACAAGGUUGCUUUUGGACAUAUUUCUUCUAAGGUAAAGGAGUCUAAAGUAGAAUUUAAGAGAUUGCACAAUCUCCUCUUACUUUCUCCUCUAGAUGAUACCAUAAAGAAAGACCUCCAAUUAGCUAAGGAGAGAGUUCUUUUCUUAAAGAAGGCCGAGGAUGAUUUUUAUAGAUAAAAAGCAAAGGCUACACAUUUGUUUCAAGGUGAUUGAUGUACUAAUUAAGUACUUUCACUCCCUUGUGAAAAAGAGGGCUGCCAAGAACUCCAUUACGGCCUUAAAACUACCUAAUGGAGAACUAACUACCUCUAUGGAUCAAGUGGCAAUGGAAUUUGAAAAUUUUUAUGUCAACUUGUUUAGUACUCCGGUAAGUUGUCCUGCAAUUGAACCUAGCAUUAUUUCAUCCGGGACAUGUCUAAACUCGGAUCUGGCCCUUGGGUUGAUUUCUCCCAUUUUAGAUAUUGAGAUAAAGAAUGCUAUACUUGAUAUUGGGGAUGACAAGGCCCCGGGGGCUAGAUGGGUUUUCUUCUGCUUUUUUUAAAGAAAAUUGGUCAAUAGUUGGGGAUGAUGUUAUAGAAGCCGUGAGGGGCUUCUUUGAAUCUGGUAGGUUAGUAGAGCAAAUUAAUCACACGCUUAUUGCUUUAAUCCCUAAAACCUCACAUUCCCCCACCGCUUCAGAUUUUAGACCAAUUGCAUGCACAAAUGUCCUUUACAAGGUUAUCACCAAGGUCAUUGCUAAUAGAAUGAUUCCUUGUCUACCGGGGUUGAUAGACCAUGCCCAGGGGGCUUUUGUGGAUGUAAGACUUAUGAUGGAUAACAUUUUCCUUGCACAGGAAUUGGUUAAGGGGUACACUAGGAAACAUUGCUCCCCGAGGUGUAUGAUUAAGGUGGACCUCAGGAAAGCCUAUGGCACCAUCUCUUUGGAUUUUCUUAAGAGUGUACUCCUUAACAUUGGAUUUCCUUUACAAUUUGUUAAAUGGAUAAUGGAAUGUGUCGCUACCGCUUCAUUUUCUAUUUCCAUCAAUGGAACACUACAUGGUUUCUUUAGAGGGAAGAGAGGAUUAAGACAAGGUACAAUUUGGAAUAAAGUAAGAGCAUGGAUUGGAAUGCCUAGGCAGAUGUCUACCCUGGACAGCGCGGUAAAAUGGAUUAAGAAGGAUCGUGCAGGUGUGUGGAUCAAGGCCAAGACUAUCAGAAUUGCUUUCAUCUACACUAUAUACUGGAUAUGGAGAGUUCGAAAUGCCACCAGAUUCGAUGAUAAGAAGACCCGUGAGGAGGAAGUUUUUGAAAGGAUCCAAUACAUGGUGUAUAAGAUCCUUUAUACUCCCUUCAUCCCCCUAUAAUUGUCCAAUUUUUUCAUUUUUGGAUGUCCCUUUAUUAUUGUCUCAUACCAUAUUUGGUAACAUUUGUGUGGCUCUAAUUCAUUUUUACUUUAUUUCCACUUUAUCAACUCA